GCCGUGGUCACAAGCCCCCUCCGAGAUUAGCUAGCGGCAUGUAACACACUAGCAAACAGCCAAAAAGUGCUUCGCGGCCGUGAAUCGCGCCAGGCACAGUCAUUCGGGUGUGUUGUACGGAUCAAAAGCCGUCUUCCAUCAGUGCGAUCACCAGCUUGGCAUAGAGCACGCCUUCACGGCCCUCAGGCCACAGCCGAAUUUGUGCUCUGCUUCUCGCAGCCGCCGGCGCGGCGCAUACCUCAAAAAGAGAUGGCCGCAGCGGGCCACACAUGUUCAAAUUGUAAAGCCCCGCUAUCAAACGAGCCGCUCCCGCCGCCGCGGCCCCCAACUUCAUUACCGGAGGUCGUCGACGACCAGUUCGUCGUGGUACUGGACGCGCUGGGCGGCAGCGACCCCUUCGCCGAGACGGGAGGAGGAGGAGCACCGGAGACGGCCGCCGAGGCGAUCCAGAGGUGUUUGAGGGAGCAUAGGCGAGGCGCGGCCGACGAAAGUGAUCCCGUCUGCGCGCGGUGUUGCGCACGUGCCGCGGCGGCCGUCGACGGGCGGGCGGCGGACGCGCGGGCACGAGCGCUUAAAUACGCGCGCGCCGUCGGCGAGGCGUCGCUGCCGGAUCCGCCGGCCUCGAUUGAUACGACGGACCGGGACGCCGUCGCGCUCGCUCUGGACCGGGCGCGCCGCGAGGCGCGGUCGUUAAGGCGCCAGCUCGACGUCGUGCAGGCGGAGGCGCGGCGCUUAGAGGGCGAGGAAUCAGUUGUCCUGGAGGCGGCUCGAAGCUUAGACGAAGACGUCGACGCCUUCGGCGAGUUCUGCGACGAGACGGUCGGGCGCUGCGCUCGACGCCGCCGCCGCGACGGCGCGCUCGAGGUGUUGAGGAGGCGUAUUGACGCGAUCGAGAUCGACCGCGCGCCGUUCGAGCGGAUCGACGCGUACGUGCGGGCCGCGUGUGGGCGGCUGGCGCCGGGCGGGGACGAGCCGGUGCCCUUUGUGGAGGAGUCGUAG